UUUCAUUAAAAUACAUGUCAGAUCGUCUUUAAUGUCGUGGUUUAAUAUUUGUGAAGAGUGUGAACAGUAUAGCCUACGUCUUCAAUGAUAUCCUGUAAUUCCUGUUCUUUACACUUGGGUUCUUAUUACAUUUCAAGUGGAACAACAAGGAAAUAUGAAACUAAUCACUGACAGGACUCGGGGACAAAACAGCUCCACCUUCAACACAUCAGGGAAGAGUUAGGCUAUCUCGCAGUCUGGACAGUAAAAUAUACACAAUUGCUCAUAAGGUUGAAGCAGCAUGUCUCUGACAGUGUCUCAGGGUGAGGGAAUGAUGGUCAUCACCGUCACCUCAAACCCAAAGAGCAGAUGGCCCGUACUGUGUCAGAUUCUGAGUUCUCUGUGCUAUGGUCCAGUGUGUUUUGCAUCUCAGGAUAUGGAGGAGAAGCUGACAGACACCCAGAGAGUUAUUAGGAUUGUACAGAUAGUAGUUGCAGUCAUGAAUCUUGUGUUGGGAUGUUUUGGCAUGAUCUUCUUUUUUGUUACCACUUCGGCCAGCAGUAUGGUGUUGUCGGUUCUUCAGCUCUGUGUGGCUAUCAGUUUCUGUGUUUUAACCAUAAAAUCUUUGUGCAAGAAGGGUGGGAGUGCAAAGUUGGUGGAGAACACAACUUCAGAAUCUAGAAGUGGAAAAAGCCAAUAUUCACUUCCGUUUGGUCACAGUUGUAGCAUGACUCUUGCAUUGACUCAGGAUAUGGAAGAUAAGCUGACAGACACUCACACAGCACUUGGGACUGUACAGAUAAUGGUUGGUGUCAUGAAUAUCACAAUGGGUUGUUUUGGCUUCGUCUUUGCUUUUUGGAUCGGCAGUGUGUUCCUUGUUGUUGGAGUUAUGUGUGUUCUUGCAGUGAUGGUUCCCCGUCCCAGGCUGCUGGUCAUCACAGUGGUUCUGAAUGUAGUCAGUGCUGCACUAGCUAUCACAGCUGCUGUGCUGUAUUCAGUGGACCUGGCAAUGGGAAGCAGUUUAAGCUGUUACAGAGAACAUUAUUAUUAUUCAUCUAAUAAUGACCGGCUUAACCGUAAAGGGAGUAACUUUGAGUCCUGUUUUUACUACAAAAAUCUCAGUCAGAUGAUGCUCGGAGGACUAGAUAUCAUGAUGAUAGUGCUGUCUGUCCUUCAGCUCUGUGUGACCAUCAGUUUCUGUGUUUUGACUGGAAAAGCUUUGUGCAAGAAGGAUGAAGAAGCAAAGUCUGUGGAGGAUCCAGAACUUCACAAGCCGCUCCUGGAAGACGCCACUGCUGGUGCUGCAUGUUAAAGAAACAAGAUAUAAAGCAACAAAUAUAUACAGUACAUACAACACCUCUCAAUAUAGUAGUGAGAUGAUUUCCUAUGUUUAUUCUUAUCAGCUGUUUUCCUUAAACAUUUGGUUACUGCUAGAAAAUGAGGGGCUGAUUUUUGAAAUAAAUGUCUUGAGCACUUUGGCAUCA